AGGUCAAAAAUUAGGCUGUUAUGAAAGCUGACAGGUAGACUUAAAAGCCUCCUGUGUGUUUUCUUUGUGGUUCAUAUCCUGGUAAGCUCCUGGACCAACGAAUUCACUGUGAAGCACGGAAUAAAAUCAAAGCUGUGUAGCAUUUGAAAAAGAACAAAAGCUGUGCACGCCUGGAGACUCUCCCAAAUUGGAUAAGACGUGCCUGCAUGUAUACGAAGUGCGUACGUGUAUUUCCCAUCCGAUUGCUUAGGACCACCCCACUUUUUAAGAAAGAAAUGUCCAGCCCUUCAUCGUCUAGUGACACCGAAGAUUCAGUCGUGUCAGCAGCAAAGAAACCAAAGUUCACUGUCGUUGAUGUAGAUGGAUGGCAAAAGAGAUGGACAGAAAGAAAAAUUGGAUUUCACCAAGAAGCUGUUCAUCCUUACUGGGAGAAGUACAUGGAUAACAUUCUAGACAACCGUGAAAACACCAACAUUUUCUUCCCACUUUGUGGUAAAUCAGUGGAUAUAAAAUGGCUGUCUGACAAGGGACACAAUGUUGUUGGAGUGGAAUGCUCAGCUAUGGCUCUUGAGGAAUUCUUCGAGGAACAAAAAGUAGAGUAUACAAAAGAAACUGCAGAGGAAGUCAAAGGAUCUCUCUUUCAGAGCAAAGAUGGAAAGAUUAAACUAUACUGCUGCGACAUUUAUGAUUUCAACAAAGACGUUGCUGGCCAGUUUGAUGUUAUUUGGGACCGAGCGUCAUUGGUGGCCAUCAAUCGAAGUGACAGAGUAAAGUAUACUGAUCUUCUGAAGGGUCUGAUGAAACCAGAAUGUUGUCUAGCACUGGUCACUCUUGAAUAUGAUGAAACAAAAUAUGCUGGACCGCCACAUAAUGUCUCUGAGGACCAAGUGAUGGAGCUGUAUGACAAGACACACAGUGUGAAGUUGGUGGAAACAUUGGAUGGCUUGAAGGAGAGACACAAAAACUGGGGGAUCAGUGCACUAGAGGAAAAACUUUAUCUGAUUAGAAAAAUAUAAUUAUUUUGUGUCCUUGACUCUGAUUGAUAGUGAUUCAUUAAAGAAAGGCUCUGAAAGCAAUGUCUUUGUAAAGAGUUGCAAGAAAUCAAGGAAAAAGUUCAAACAUUCUAAUCCAGAAUUAUUGGCUUAUUUCAAUAAGUCGUGGACAGGUUCAGAUUGAAAACACAACUAUAUUACCAGUAUAUGGACAGAUUUUGAUCCAACAUCCAGAGAUUACAGUGGAUAAUUUCUAAUGAAAGUUAAUACUUCAGCAGGUCAUGAAACACGUCUCAGGGUGACCUACUGAAAUUCCCUUUUGUCUGGUGUCAUGCGUCGUACUCUUCACUAUAUAUCUAUAGGUUUUGAGAAAUACAAGCUAUUCCAUAUAUGUUUUAGGAAGUACUGGUCACUAUAUACAAGUUUUAGAAAAGUUGAGGAGAACUGAAGUAAUCAGAAAGAUGUCUUUUUUUAUAUCAAUGUGAUGCCUUAGAACUUUGAUAUCUUCACCUUAGGUUCAGCAUAACAUGGUAGAGAUUUUAUUAUUCCAGCUGUUUGUUUACUACUAUAUACAGGAAGUAAAACAUAGACAUAUAUUUGUUUUCAAUUGAAUGCCAAUUAUAUUUCACUCAAACAGCCAAGUAUGUUUUAUUGUUACAGUAUUUUAAGGUACAGGAUUUUAUUUUCCACAGCUGCAUUGUUCGAAAUAUGUUUUAGGUGUCAUAAAAAUAUCUCAGGUGCAUUAUCCAGAAAUGUGUUCCAUGAAUGUGUUGUUACUAUAUUACAUAUAAAUUUCAAUAAAUAAUUUGAAUAAUUAA